AUGGCGGCACGCAUGGUCCCGGGGGCCACGCUAGUGACGGCCGGGUUCCUGGGGGCCGCGACGGCUCGACUCGACCCGCAAUUGCGCCAAUUUCUGUGGCAGAAAAACAUAAGCCUCAAGGCGUUUCGGCUAAGUGACUGCCUUGGCAAACGGGACCUGCCGCAGCUGACCGCAUUAUUCGAGUGGCUUGGAGGCUUGUUCGCCCGCGGAAUCUUGAAAGCCCCAGCGCUGGAAUACGUCCACUGGAAACAAGGGUCCGAAAAGUGGCUCCAGGAUGCCAUUUGGAAACAGGAGCAGGGAUCGGUUGGCCAACGGAAGACAAUUCUUGUAUUCGAAGAGUGA